CUUCUUCCGUGCGCUGUGGCGCAAAGGAAGAUGCGAGUCUUGGCGUUGCGCCGCGCAGAGCAUCUUUUUUAUCAAUAUGCGGUAGAAGAGAUGCGAGCCAACGCUAAGUCAGGAAGAUGUGGAGAGAGGCAACGGGCAGGCACGUACAACGAGCGAGGCGAACAGCACCCGGUUGGAAGGGCUGUGCUUUGUCAGGAGGACAUCGCUUCGUUUCAAUGGGAGGACACAGUCGCGACUUCACCUGAUCUAUCACACCAGGAGGAUCGACCAGGAGGUGCGGCCCCGUCACGUAUGGACGAAGCGCCAAAGCUUCUCGAGUGGGUUGCGUCACUCUUCCUGGACCUUCAAACACAGGAAAAUGAAAAAAGUGCAAUCAGCAUGGCACUGAGAAGCGAACGAUACGAAGAUGCAUCGGAAAAAAAUGGGUCUUCGCCUCGUUCAAAAGAAUUUGAUCUGUGUCGGUCUCCCGCUUGUGUUGACGUCUUGCGCUUUUGUCCUAGUAGCUUUCGGACUCAGCGUCAGGAGUUCGUGAUAGAUGCCAUCCUUCAGGGCCGUAGUGACAUUGCUGCGUGUGCGCCUCGGCACAUUCGCCUUGGCGAGAGGUUCGCCUUUUUGGCUUCUGUUUACGGACCGACUCUUGGCUUUUUGCCGACUUUUCGUGACUUUUCACCUGUCGUAUCUUUCUGUCUUGCACACGAUUUCCGACAGGUUCGCUGGGUACCUCUCCGAUCCUGUUGGUCGGUUCACGAUACAGAUGCGGAGCUUGGCGAGUACAACGCCCGCGGGGUGCGUCUGCAAGACGGAUUAACGCCGGGCGAUUUCGUGUAUAAAGUUCUGGAGAUGCGAUCUCCUUUGAUGCUUAAGUAUUGCUCUUCCGACUUUCGAGAUAAUCCCGCCAUGUGCUGUUCCGCCUAUCUCAUGAACCCCAAUGAUGUGUCUCAUCGGUUGCAUACCGAUCGCAGCUUUGUUUUAGAACAGCUCGAGACAUACAUCCGGGAUGCGGAUCAUGGGGGAUAUUCAAAUAUUGUCGGCUAUACUUUUUCGCAUGAAACCGAGUCGGAAAUCUUAACUCUCUUUGCUGACGAUCAAGAGAUCAUUGAUAAAGCGCGCGAAGCUGCAAGGCGUCGCGCUGAAGUCGAAGCUGCUGGUGGGCCAUCACUACUUUAUGAUAUGCCGGAUCUGGAAAAAAGAGGGGUAAUUCGAUUCUGGUGCUAUCCUCCGCACGAGCAACGUGUACACACAUCAUCUGUCGAUGACUCCGAAACAAGUGGCUCGCUUUCUGAAGAUCAGGCUAGUCAGGCUGAUUCAUUUUACUCGGCGUGCAGCGUUGACACUUGAAAAUGCGCGCACCACGAUGAAUAUCUAUGUACUUAUGCCGCGUUUUGCGCUGCUUAUUUCCCGCCUUCCAGUUACAAGAAUAACACACAAAAAAAUGUAGAGUCGUGGAUAGGAGGAUCUUGAAGUAACCCCUCACAAUGCUAGAUUUGAGUCACACGAUUCCCAUUCAUUUCCGGUUUUCUUGAUUAUCUUGUGACGGAGGUAGGGAAGGCCUCCCAGAAAAUUGUGAAUUGAGAAUAAAGCCCUUUCGAAGCAAUCCCCCAGUUGUACACGGACGUGGUAUUACCACUGACGCACAGCUUAAAGAAGAAAGACGUUCUUUGAUGUGAAGAAUUAAGUAUCUGUGUAUAAGAACAAAGCUAGUAGUGCUAGUAGAAUGAAUGGCGAAGCCGUACUCUCCCAGCGCCAACCCGAUAGAUGAU